AUGGAGGAGUUCCUCCUCUCCACCCCCAUUAACCCCAAUAACUUCCCGGCCAAACUAUGGCGCAUCGUCAACAGCCCCAGGUACCGCUCGAUCCGCUGGGACCCGAGGGGAGAAGGGCUCAUCGUGGACCAACAGCUCUUCGAAUCCGAGCUGCUCACCCCCGUGAAAAAUGUCAACCACGGAACCAACCUGGAGCCGGAGACCGACCUGCUCUUUAAGACCACCAACUUCACCAGCUUCAUCCGCCAGCUGAACCUCUACGGGUUUAGGAAGAUGGGGCAGGGCAGUGGGGAGCACCCAGUGGCUGGGGAGCUGGGUGCAGGAGAUGGUCUCCUUCAUCACUUCCACAACCCGAGCUUCAAGCAGGACCACCCAGAGCUGCUCAUCAAUAUGAAGAGACUUACCAGUGCCAAUAAAGCCAAGCUGGCAGCUGGACUUCAGGUCAACACCAGACCUCCCAACCGCUUCCAGAGAUACCUCACCAACUCCAUGGACUCCAUCAGCCAACCCAAAGGAGAUAGACAUGGACCUGUGACUGUUGGACAGCUUCAAAGAACAUUCCGUAGGGACAGCUUAUCUCCUUAUACAUUUAUGUCAUCUUCCCACAACCAAACACCUUUACAUACAGUGUCUAUUAAAGGUCUGUCAGGGUCCAACACUGGUGGCCUAGAUCGAACCCCUAUUCCAGCACGUACCUGGCAUAGCUCCAUUGGUCUGAUGGCUGGACAAAUGGAUACUACUACAUCUCCAUUCUCUGAGAAAACAAUUCCAUUUUCUGUAAUACAACGAUUUCCAACUGAGGUCACAUACACACUCCAGCCAAGUCCUAAUAAUAUGCAUGUUCAACAAGGAUCCCAGGAGAUUGGAGCUUCUAGUCAGAAAUACACUAGCUUUCUUUCUUCUCCAGCUCAAUAUCAUCAGGCUUUCUAUCCAACAGCUGUCUUACAAUGCUGCCCUCCAAACCCCCAUCUGGAUCCUCUGACAGGCUGCCCCAACACAAAUGCCUCAUCUUAUCCCAACUACAGUUAUUAUCAGAAUGCUACCGUGCAGCCUUCAUAUCCCGUUGAUGUUCUACACAGCAGUACAGCAGCCUGGCACUGCACUCCUACAGAUGAAUCCAAAAAAUCUGAAGUUAAUUUGGAAACUGUCUUUCAGAUAGUGGAUGAGUUAAGGGCAUCUCCCAAACUUCAGCUGGUGAAAAUGGAUGCAGUAGAGAAUCCAACACAAUUGCAACCACAGGCCACCCAGCAAGCCCCCAGCACUCCUGUACUCAAUGCAGCAACCAGUGUCCAAUCUUUGGAAAUUCAGUCCCUCACUUCUACAAUCUCAGAGAUUAAGUCAUUUGUUGUAGGAGGACACCAGGCACUUACCUGUUCACUGCCAGCACCCGAUGACAGCAUGCAUUCAGCUACCUCACAGCCAUCCAAGAGUACAAUCACUAUGAGCAUUAUACCUGAGACUGUGCCCCCUGAGCAGUGCACAACACGUGGAGAAGUGCACAAGCUGUGUCAAAAUACAUCUCUCCAACCUAUUGUGUUUGUUGAGGAAGGACUCCAACCCAACUCAGAAAGAACAGUGCAGAGCACUGACUAUCAGACUGGCCCCUUGGACUCUCUCCAGACUACUGAUCGAUCCAGAACCAUUAUUUCAGCACUACUUUCUGAUUUGGACAUGUCUAAAGAUACGGUUGCAGCUAAUAAUACUUCAGCUACCCCGGUCACAUCUAGACAAAGACGAAGCACUGGUCAGCAAGCCAAAUCUCCAGAUCUUUAUCUUCUAGUAGAUGUGGCCUGUAACCAAGAUCACUUUCAGAAGGAGGAGGAGAUGUGUGUUUGGGAAACAGAAGCCAGCCAUUCCCCUCAACUCUCACCGUAA